CUUCGGUUGUAAGCUGCGUACGUCUAUCAUGGUGUAACAACACCGUGGUGUAUCAAGUGUACAACAGUUAACGAGAUGAGAAAAUUAGAUUCAAAGGAACCCUGGGGAGCUGAAAGAUUAGAGGCCGAAUUGGAAGCCGCUCGCGAUGGGCUUCGAGGUCUCGAUCGUAAUAUCCGGAAAAUUUUGGGACGCGAUCUUCCCGAUGGAGAAAAUCAAAUCCAACCAUCACCCAGGAUCUCUCAAAAGCGACCACUUCAAGAAGAUCGGAGGCGAACUGUUGUCGAUUUCACAAAUAAUGAAGGACCUGGCAACAAGAGACGCUGGCAAAGUGGAAUCGGAGAACCCAAGACUGUGUUUAGCAGGUUAAGUGCACGAGUGCCUAGUAACGCUGACGAUAGUGCUGAUGAAGAUGACACUGUUGUCAAGCCUGCUGUAUCCUCAAGAGUCAUUGCUACACCCAGAGAAAUACCAUCUAGGCAAGAAGUAAUCAGACGAGAAAGGGUAGACGAACGUAGUCGUCAGAGGAAUAAGCGUAUGUUUGGUGCUCUUCUUGGAACACUGCAAAAAUUUCGUCAAGAAGAAACAAAACUUAAGGCAAAGGAAGAUAAGAAAGCAGAGGUCGAGGCAAGAGUGGAAGAAGCUAAAAGAAGGGAGAAAGAGGAGUUGCGGCGAGAACGACAACAAUUAUUUUUGUCUCGGAGACGUCAACUAGCUGAAGUAAGGGCUUUGGAGGCAAAAUUAACUCGCAGCAAGCAAUUUCAAGACUGGCGAGCUGCACAGCUACCACUUGCUUGUUUCAUUCGCACUCGUACGCAACCUUCUAUAUACUAUCUACCAAAGAGAAAGAAUCCUCGCACUGACACAUUACUUGCAGAGUCUGCUAAGGAACUUCAUGAUGACAUAGAAAAGAAGGAGAAAGCUCUUAUGGAAGAGUUGGAAAUGAUCGAAAUACAAAUGGGUUAUGUUCGACAUCAACAAAAUAAUGAUGUUACAAGUACAGUUGACACUAUCGCAGAAACUACAGAAUCUGCGGCCGAAGGUGAAGAAAAUCGUGAUCCAAAUCCCGAAAAAAAUGGAGAAGUUACAACAAAUGAAGCAAACGUGGCCAAUUCUCAAAUUGUCAAGGUAGAACCAGAACAGACUGCUGCAGUAAAAGCUGAUGAAGUAAACGAUGUCGAGUUUUCGGAAGAGCAAAUUCGAGAAGAAGAGAACAAUGGCUAACAUUGAGCUUUCUAUCGGAUUUUGUACAUAUAGAUAUUGUGUGUAUGGAAACCGGCAAAUAUGUUGCAACAGAGAAUCAGAUGCAUAAAUCACAUUGAUAUAUUUUAAAGUGUUAUAUUAUUUUGUAGAGUACUUCCGAUUUUCUAGAGACUAUUUAAUUGUAUCACUUCCAAAAUUUAACAACACAUUUAACUCGAUACAGUCAUCUUUGGAAUAUUUACACAAAAAUGUUGAUGAGAAUUUAGCUUUACGUUCAUUGAAACAUUCGAUUCCAUUUACGUUAAGAAUCCACUGCAAGAAUUCUCAUUUUAGUUCUAAUCAUACACCAGAAAAUAGGAUACUACGAUAACGUCUACCAGUACUUUUAUUACACGUCAUAGAAAUGUUUAUUAUAAAAUAAAUUACAAAUUUACCUUGUACGUGUCCCACUUUCCUUAAUGUCGUCUCAUUCUUCCUUACGGAUCAAUGUUAAUUUAAUGUUAUACAUAUUUUUCUUUUUUAAAUGCAAAGCGAAAACCUUGAUACUCUAGAAAGCACGAUUCAAAAUAAAGACAAUCAGAGCAUAUA